UAACCACGUGAAUUCUUGAAAGGCUUUAUUGCUGUUCCUUCUGGUUAAUGCCUGCGUUUAGAAUAAACCGAAACUAUCAAAGACUGAUGGUUAUAAGAAAUGCCUGGCUUGAAGUUGUAUGCUCAUUCAGCGAGUGACCACCGAGAAGUACGCAGAGCUGAUGAUGUUUGCGGAGUGCUGGUAGCAUCGUUUCAAGAAUUAGCAGCUUUCGCUUAUCUUUUUACCUGAAGAAGUAGAAAUGCUGAUUUUUAUGAAUUCUCCGGGUGCUGACCUUUUAUCUCAGAUGACAGCUGAAGAUGACAGUUCCCAAGGAACAUUAUCAGAUUCGACUUUAAAACCAUCCGACAGAAAGAUUAAAAGACGUGAAAGGAAUCGAGCGGCAGCUCAGAAAAGUCGGAAAAAACAGACUGAGAGAGCGGACGUCUUGCAUCAGGAACUUGAAACACUAGAAAAAUCCAAUUUAGCCUAUCUGAAGGAGAUUGAGAACCUGAAAAGAGAAAUGAAGCAUUAUAAUGAUGUUUUGAGAGAACAUGAAUCAAAGUGUCUGCUACAGAACCCAGAUGUUCAGGACUUAAACAUGCUGCAUUUUGGCAAAAAUGAGGUAACCAAUGAAAUGGACAUUUUAAGCCUGUGCCUGUCAGACUUGAUAUACCCAGUUUCAUGAAGAAAAACAGUUUGCUGCUCCAGUUAUACUACUUGUUAAGAAAAGCUAGAAGCAUUAGUCUGUUAAUAAUACUACAAUGUACUGAAGGGUUAUGCCUUGAAUGAUGGUCUUUUUUAAUGUACUACUCAGUUUUUAGUUUGUCAAAUGAAAUUUAAAUGUGAUAUACUUUGCAUAUCUAAAAAAAAUAUGAGCAGUAAAUGAACUAUUAUUCACUCCUGAAACUAUGCUUUCUACGAGGCAUUUUGGUUUUAUAGAGUUUGCCAAAAAAUUACAUUUUGUGAACAUGGAGUCCUUUGAAAGGAAACUAGACCACACUUUAGUGUAAAUGAAUAGUUUAAUAGCAUUUAUUACCAUACAUGAACUCUGUCUACAUAGAAGGAUCUUAUCCAGGUUAAUACUUAUAAAGAUACCCUUAUGUUAGGUUCAAACAAUCCAGCUCUAUAGUAACAUAACUAAAAAGAAAUACUAUGAAAUCAUCUUUAGCAAUAACAAUAUUUAUAUAUACAGUAGUAAUUUUGAAAAAUAGUGAACUUAAAAAUUAAGACUUGUAAAAUUUAGCUGUUACACUGAACAUCAGUGCGUUACCUAGAAGUUAUUUGUGAAAGCAUAAGUAAGCAGAAUGCUUUGUUUUUUUUGAGAAGUCUUGACUUGUGCUGAGUGGUAUAGUGACUCAAGGCAUCUUUGAGCAGCCAGUCUCUAAAAUAAUAAUUGUAUAUGUUGUUUCCCCUUCUACCCCCUACUGCAUAAAGUUGAAGUACUUGCUUCAAUGUUUCUACACUGUAGAUUUUAAAUGUAUAUAUGUAGUGUGUACAUUUCUUGAGCUACUUAAGAGCCCUGACAUCCCUUCAAAAGAUGUUCAACAAACCUAUUUGGAUUACCAGACUUUGUUAUGGGUUUGGAAAAUUAAAUAUCCUCUACAUACAAACAAAUAUAUUUGUCAUUCAGUUAAUACAAGUUAUUAGAAUUGGGCUAAUGUUUGGUGCAUUCAUUCAUACUGUAACAUUCUAACCCAUUUUUACAGAGAAAUUGUUGCUGAUCAAGAAACAUGGGCAGAUUUUUUUUUAAAAACUUUUUUACUCAUAUUGACUAUCAACAAAUAAAAAAUGCCAAUUUUUAACAAAGAAUAAAUUACUGAGUCCUUAUGGCAUCAAGUAAUACAAUUCACUUAAUGAAUUAUGCCCAGUAACAUUCUUUUGGAGUAUGGGUGAAUAACAUUGCUUCAAGGACUUCACCCAUCUUCAUGAUGUUGCAGUCUUCUAUUUUCAUUUAACUUGAGGAUCAAAACUGCCUUUGACAGUCCUAAUUAGUGAAAUUCAAUUACAUAGUGUGGAGCCUUUUUGUAACUUUCAAUGACAACAGAUUUUAAAGAACAGCAUUUCUAUUUGACUCCCCAUUUUAGUGGUGUAAAAAGUCCAUGCUCCAAAAAAAUAGGAACUACAGAUCUAUAGUAUAUUGUAGUCCUUGAAAAGAUGUUAACUGUGAAAAUGGAUUAUGUAAUAAAAUUCAGCCUUUACAACACCCUCUUUUUAUAGCUCUAAGCUUGCCUACAUUAGAGUUCCUUUGCUGCUUGAGCAUUUUGUCAACUUCCUUCGGAGACAAGUAUUAAAUUAGCCCUGCCAGGAGGCGAUUCUGCUGCUCUUCCUGGCAGUGCCGAUCACUUGUAUUGUAAAAGUGGGUCCUUCCUUCCUCUUGAAUGUUUUUCUUUUAGAUAUUGUACUUCUAGCAAGACUUUUCAGUUUUUAUAUUGCCAAAAUACAAAUCUGUCACUUUUGAGUAUCACAAUUAUUAGCAUUUCCUUGAACAGUUCAGCAGUUUCAUCACUUGUUUCCUACAAGAUUGCAGAGUUGAUUUAAUCAUGAGAUUAUACACUAUGAUAAUCUUAGAAAUAUGACUUUUACAUAUAUACUUUUCUAAAUAACACCAAUAUACACCUUUUUAGAAACAUGUAUGUGUGUUUUAUUCAAUAUUAUCACAUGUACAGUGAAAUUCUUAAUUGUAACUAGGGGCUGGAAUUGCAGUCCUGUUAAAAGAAAAAAAACUGUAACAAAAGGCGAGAUGAGCAACAACUUAAAACUGCAAUUAAUGCUUGAGUAAUUCCUAGGAAUAUAGCUUGCUGUAAGCACAUUGCCAUUCUAUUUGGCUCUUUCUAAUAGAAUGGGCUUUACUUUACUGAUGGUGUCAAAGUUUAAAGUUGUUUUUGUGCAUGUUAAGAAACCUGCUUCUCAACACUUUCUCUUUUUUGAUUUUGCGAUUCCAAGCAGCAUCCACACAAUGCAAAAUCCUCUAUCAGUGUCUCUGACUACUAAAAAUGUUGCUUACAUCUUAUUUGGGUUCCACACCAAAGGAUUUUACAUUGAUGAAUUUGCCUUUUCCAUGUAAUUCAUUUUACCAUGCGUAUUUGGAUACUACUCUAAGCUUAUUUUGUGUAGGAAUCUUAAAGUACUGCGGUGGGUUGGCACCCUGCCCGGGAUUGGUUCCUGUCUUGUGCCCUGUGUUGGCUGGGAUUGGCUCCAGCAGACCCCCGUGACCCUGUGUUCGGAUUCAGCGGGUUGGAAAAUGAAUGAAUGGAUGGAUGGAUCUUAAAGUAUUGUAAUAUGCACUUGUAAUAUGUUAAACUGUGUUAAAUGUUAGUUAAUCUCUACAUUGCUUUUUAUUGUAACAAUGUUGCAAACUCUUGAUGGGCAAAAUUAGAAGCCAAAUGAUGUAUCCAUUAUAGUACUAUUGGGUAGUCUUUGUUAUCCUAGCAUUUAAAUUUUAGACAACUCUCUCAAAAUGCACAUAUGAACAUUUUCAGGCCCAUAUGUGUUGUUGUUGUCUUGGUCCAUUCUAUCAUGUCUAGUGCCCUAGUCAUCAGAGCAUUAAUGUCUAAUGAUUUAAAGAUGAGAAGAUUACUUUUUUAUAAUAUAGCAUAUUUUUAUAAAUCACAAUAAUGAACAUUAAUAUAUGAUUGGUUUUAAUUUGGUUUGUACAAUGUAAUAUUUUACUUUGAAAAUGUUUUAUUAGUCCUACACUUAUUAUAAUAUUUUUAUUUUUUGCUUUGGUCUGACCGAUUUUUAAAUGGCUCAUAUGGAAUAUAAACCCAGUUACAACCUUUUAUAUUUUUUUUGUGUUUUCUAUAUCAAGGUAUCAGAGGUCAGCAGUGGUAGGUGGCAAGGGAUGCUGCAUGUCACUACAUUUCGUUUAUCAUGCUGCUUGUAUGGGCCUUCUACCUCAUUUUUUGCCAUUCUAGCAUCCUUUGCAUCAACGUUAUAAGCAGUGAAUAUGUGGGGAUAUUUUUAUAGGAAGACCUAUUUAAAAUGCAUUUUUUUAUCAUUGUACUGCCACAUUCCAGACAAUUCUAUAUAUUUUAAUUAUGUGUUUUGUGUGUUCCUAAUG